UUACAGGUAAUCCUCGUCUGGCCUUGGUUGACAUUACUACGACUAAUUGUUCUCAAGAAUGUCACUUGCGGAUGAGCUAUUGGCAGAUUUAGAAGAUGAAGAAUUGGUGGAAGAAACGGAACAGGAUGGAGGAGAAGGUUUGGAAGAAGUGGAUGAACAGUUACCAUCUAUGAGUGCUUAUGACCGGGUUGGAUCCGUGGCAAAAUUAUUGGCGAAUCAAAAUUACAAGGAUCUUAUCGACAAGAUGCAGAAGCAAUUGAAUUUGAAAGAAAUCCCACCAGUUACAAAGCCAUUGGAAUCGGAUCCUCAGUAUAAAUUGAUUGUGGAACUUUCUGGGCUUGCAGCUGAAGUGGAUCAGGAAUUGAAUGUUAUUCAUAAAUUUGUGCGUGACAAAUAUGAAAAACGUUUUCCUGAGUUAGAGUCUCUGGUGCCGAAUGCUUUAGAAUAUUUGGCAACUGUAAAACUUCUAGGGAAUGAUAUUUCGACUAAAGGACAAAAUAAGCAGAUUUUGAGUGAAAUCCUGGCACCCGCUACAUGCAUUGUGGUUAGUGUGACAGCAUCAACUACACAAGGGAAAGCGUUGGAACCAGAUGAAUUGGUAGCAGUACAAGAAGCUUGCGAUAUGGCUGAACAGUUGCACACCGAUCGACUUAAUAUGUAUCAACUAGUUGAGUCAAGAAUGGCGCUUAUUGCACCAAAUCUAUGCGAAAUCUUGGGAGCUGGUACAGCAGCAAUGAUUGUCGCUAAAGCUGGAGGUCUUGCUCCACUGGCUCGCCUUCCCGCCUGCAAUGUAUUGAUUCUUGGCGCACAGAAAAAAACACUGACUGGUUUUAGUUCAACAGCUGUAUUACCUCAUGCUGGUUUCCUUUUCUUUCAUCCUAUUGUGCAAGGAGUUCCACCAGACUUGAGACAGAAAGCUGCUCGAUUACUGGCAGCGAAAACAACACUCGCUGCACGUGUUGAUUUUAUUCAUGAGGCAUCAGAUGGUUCGAUUGGGAAAAGUUUAUUUGAACAAGUAAAACAGAAAAUAGAGAAAAUGUUGGAGCCUCCACCAGUAAAGGCUGCAAAACCUCUGCCAAAACCUUUGGACAAGGCUAGUAAGAAACGAGGAGGUCGUCGAGUAAGAAAAAUGAAGGAACGACUAGGCAUGACUGAAUUAAGGAAAAAAUCGAAUCGUAUGAAUUUUGGCGAAUUAACUGAAGACGUUAUCCAAGAAAAUAUGGGAUUUUCGCUUGGGCAAGCGCUAAGUGGUCCAUCUUCCGGAAGCCGCAUUAGGAGUGCCACAGUCGAUCCGAAAACAAGAGCCAGAAUGUCACAAAAGCUUCAAAAAACAAUGGAACGACAACGAUCAAUGGGUGGUGUAACGUCAAUCCGUUCACGAGCAGCAGGCACUGCUUCAAGUGUAACUUUUACACCUGUGUUGGGAUUAGAAAUUGUAAACCCAACAGUGAAGCCUGAUCAUGUUGGUUCCUCUUCUACAACUUAUUUUUCACCUUCUGCUGCAUUUGUGAAAGUCCAAACUCCGCUGUUACAGCCAUAAGAUGGAAAGGUAUGGAGAAUUAUCCAGAAUAUUCUCACUCUUGCAUAUUUCAAAUACCAGUAAAAAUUUGUUUUUAUUGUGUUAGAUAGUGCAUAAAUUUGUAAAGGGCAGCGUCAGUGCAGUUAUGAAUCCAUUUCGAUUUUUCCUUUUUUUUUAUUGUAAUUCCAGAGUGAAAACUGAAAUAGGGUAUUUCGAGAUUACCGUUUUUACAAAUAUUUGGAUACGAUCGGCAUUGUACAGCUUAUUUUGUUUGUUUUUGUUGGAUUGAAUAAAUAUCUCAGUGCAU